GUCCACCAUGGCCUCGUGGCUGGGAGGUUUGAACAACCUGUUCACGACGUCACCAAGAUCACCCCCAUGCUUAAACGAAGACAAAAUGACCAAACUAACAGUUGGCCCUUAUUGGCAAAUAUCUUGUUGUGAGUGUUACCAUCUGCUGUCAUAUCACUCAAGCUAUAAAAAAGAGCAAAUCCACCAUCAAGUGUUCAUGGGCCUAGGCUGGCCGCCGGCUACUGGCCGCCGUCAUCCAACUGAAAUCCUUGCUGACGAAAGCCACAGAACAGGGUUUACAAAUGUGGGAGCAAGGGAUCUGUUGACCAAGAAAAACAACGACCUUGUCUUUAUUAUUGAUGAAGCGCAAACCACCUAUGGGGAAUCCCAUCUUUGGUUUUCUGUCAUAAAAGACUGGAUGGGUCUUUCUCACAGCCCAUCAAUUUGUCUAUUCUCUUCCUACAGCAGCCCAUCCACAUUGCUGUCCAUGUGCCUGGGAGCACCACAGAUUUCCCCUUUUUACAACUUUGCUGAAUUUCAUGAUUUUAAAAUUGAGGACAAUUUAAAGAAUCAUAUCUAUAGCAUGACCAAUGGCCAUCCUGGAAUGGUCCGGUCUGUGCUAGAAUUUCUUGAGACUCCCGUGACACCAACCAUCAUUGAGCUUUGCCUUGCCAUUCUUCAACACUUUUGCAAGCAAUCUCUUUAUGACGCCGCCAAAAUCCAGCGAUUUGGGCCCUCAGGGCAAAUUCGCCCACCCGAGGCCGUUUUCCAGGAUGUCUUUUACCAGGCAUUCUGGCAGGCGACCCAGUCGCGUAUUGCUAUAUCCAGUGAGUGGACAGAAAAAGGUAGCAGACGCAUCAAUUUCUAUGUAGUCAGCCCAGGCUGGGGCUUUGAGCUUCUGCAAGACAGGGACCGAAUAGAAGAUCACUGCGCCAGGUUUCAAAAGCAUGGAAUAUAUCACCCCUGGAUCCAAGCACAUAGUCUGCAUGAGUGGAUAAUGCUUGAUUGUCAUCAUUCCAAACCCAUAACAACAUACCCAAACCAGCCCAACUUGUGGAGGGUUGUUUUCCUGGAGGAGUAUUCAUGCAUUCUGGUCCUGGAUUGCAAGAACCAACACUUAGCGGAAUUUGGGCUAGUAAACAGAUGAUCUAUUCAUUGACUUCUGGAGCUGAGAUGCAACAUCUAUGUUUGGAGAAAUAUCACUGGCUUGGGAGCGCCGAGCGCGGUGCCUUCAUGAUGACACACUGGUUAGAAGAUAUGGUUUAAGGAUUUAUUUAUCAGACUACAUGUAUUGAUACCCAGCAGAGCAGACAAGUGUGGUGUAUGUUCUGCCUUUUAUUUCUUUUUCUGAAUGAGCAAUGCUAUGUCAAGGG